CUGUGUGGUGCGCCUGCGUGUUAUGUGCAGCGUAAAGGAAGCGACUCAGCGACAGCAACCGCUCACACAGGCUGAUAGACACUGAAUGAGAAGAGCACACUGAUUUAUUAUUAAAAUGUUGAAAUUUUUACCUAAUCUACUGCUGCUGGCGCUACUAGCUUUUCCCGCUACCCUGCUCAUUAAAGGGCCUGAUGUGGUGAGUGCCCAGGACCUGACUGAGGACGAGGAGGCAGAAGCGGUGGAAGAAGAUCAUGUGGACGAUGCGACUGCUGAGGAUGAGGAUGAUGAAGCGGAGGUGGAAGACGAUGAAAAUGCAGAACUAGCUGAAGAUAAAGAAGAUGAAGAAGAAGAAGCAUUGGUUGGAGAAGUGAAGGCUUCUCCCAACGCUGACACCACCCUCCUGUUUGUGAAAGGAGACGACUUUCCAGCUAAUGACAUCGUUAAGUUCCUGCUCGGCUUUACCAACAAAGGAGCAGAGAACUUCAUUGUGGAGUCCCUGGAUGCUUCUUUCCGUUAUCCACAGGACUACCAGUUCUACAUUCAGAACUUCACAGCUCUGCAACUCGGCACCGUGGUUCCACCCAGCAAACAGGCCACCUUUGAGUACUCCUUCAUCCCUGCCGAGCCAAUGGGAGGAAGGCCCUUCGGACUGGUCAUUAACCUCAACUACAAAGACAACAAUGGAAAUAUUUUCCAGGACGCUGUUUUUAACCAGACAGUCACCAUUACUGAGAGAGAAGACGGACUGGACGGAGAGACCAUCUUUUUGUACGUCUUCCUGUCAGGCCUCAGCCUCCUGGUCAUCGUCGGCCUGCAUCAGCUGCUGGAGUCCAGAAAGAGGAGGCGUCCAGCUCCAAAGGUAGAAAUGGGAACCUCCAGCCACAGCGACGUCGACCUGAGCUGGAUCCCACAGGAGACUCUCAACCAGAUUAUGCAGAGUCGCAGAGACAAAGCAUCUCCCAGACGAUCUCCUCGCAAAAGGAACCAAAAACGCUCGGCUGGUUCAGACGAGUGAGCGUAACAUCAUCACUGCGCUCGACUGAGGGAAGAAAAAAAAAAAACAAUUGAGGAAGGAGGGUGGUGCAGAAUCAGGUACACCAUGCCUUCUACUGAGAGACUCUGAGCAGUGAGCAGCACAUCCACAACUGGCUCGACCUGAACACAUACACAGUUACACACACACACACAGACACACAGACACACACUGUCCAUGUUUCUUGAAUGAUUUUGUUUGACAUUCAGAGAGAAGAAAGUCUUCUCUUUUCUUUGUUUGGACUUUUUUGUUUUUUUUUCUAGAUGUCAACAGCUGUUUGUUUUUCUUCCUUCUCAUUUCUCCCCAAAAUAAUAAUUAAGUCAUAAAUGAACUUUGGAAAUGUUCCUCCUUGAAUCCAAAGGAUUUUUCAUGUUAAAAAUUGUGAACACUAAAACGCGUGUCCCAUUAGAACGACUGUUUACGUCCUGAAGUCCACGGGGCUAACAUUAAACACAAUGUUUUCACUGGUUUUUGUUCUUAGUUUACAUGUCAAUGUAAAACAUUACAUUUAUCAUAUUAAUGGAAUAGAAUUUGAACAAUUAGUGAUUCAAAUCCUAAAUUUGUGGUAGAAAGUGUAAAUUGUACCUGGCGUUGUUGCUGCGCGUGAUGACAUCACAUGGUGCUUGUAAGAACAUCGUCUGAGCAGUGGAAGCCGUUCAGACUCACACACAGAACAAAGACAAACAUCCUUUUUAACAGGGCUUUGAAACCAAGCAUAUAAAGAUCACUCCGUUUCUCUUUUUUUUUUUCAGGCUCCAACCAUUUAGCUUUUUUUUUUUUUUUUUUUUUUUAAACAAUAGAGAAAAAAUUCAACCACAUCUUGACCUUUAUUUUCCAGUUAAACGGUAAAGAAGCUGAUGCACUGGUGUAAAUACUGCCUGGUGAAUUCUGCAAGACCCGGAUAAUUUAUUUGGGAGACAGGGAAUUGUUAGAGGUUUGCUUAUUGUAUUACUUAUUGUUUGCCACUAGAAGGAGGUUGGAGCAAAUGACUGUCAGGGCGGGACUGGAGUCUACCGUAGAGUCCAGUGUUUCUGUGAACAACUGGAGCUGAGGCCGUUCGUUUUCUGUAGACCUUUUUGUUUUUCUUUGGAAACGACCGUUUGAAAGCUCGGCGAUACAAACUUUGACUUUUAUUUGCUUUUAAAUGUGCAGGAGAAUAAACUUUGAUAAUUUGCUUUGGA